GUAGCUGUCUCAUCACCACCGAGCUCCACCAUUCCGAGCUCCAACCCCGAGCUCCACGGUCGACCACCCGCCGCCCACCCGCCACUAACGACCAACAACAAAAACAUGUUCGAGUCCAACGCAUCCCUCCGCUACCGCUACCGGGGCCACCGGGCACGAUCCGUCGAUCUCACACAAAGCGAGCUCGUCGAGCUGCGGGCGCAGCAGCGCACAUUUGAGGGCGCAUACUUACGCACAGCGCUGAGCCAGUUCAGCUUUGCGCUUGUCGUGCUCAAGAUCUUCACGCACGAGUUCUAUCCGAUAGGCGCGCUGUUUGCGACUUUCGGGUGUUGUAUUCUGGCCGCCGCGGCGCUGAGGAGGAAGGGCGGGAAUCAGAGGUUCUUUAGUCAGGGUGAGGGGAGGAGGGUGAGGAGUAGUGGGAAUGUCGUCACACUCGUCACAUGCAUCAGUGUUGCGGCGUACUCGGUGCUGCUGGUGUUAGUUGUGCGGCUGAAGUAAUGCGACGAUACCCACGACGAUACCCA